CCUCCCCGGGCCGGCGGACCGCGCUCUGCCGGGACGUGCCGCCGCUUCCCUGGCUCCUCCCAUGGCAUGAGCCCGGGCUCUCCUCCCCUCGCCGCCCGCUCGCGGUCUCUCUCCUUUCCUGGGCUGUCAGAUGGGAUAACGCGCUCCCGCCGGGAGGCGAAGAUGGGCCCGCGCUGGGCUCGGCGGCGGCGGAGCGGCGGCGGCUCCGCGCUGCUGCUGCUGCUAGGGCACUGCUGGCUGUGGGCGGCCGGCGCCGACGACAACGGCAGCCAGCUGUCGUAUUACACGGCCCUCAUCAACGUGACGGUGCUGAGCCCCGAGCGGGGCGGCCCCACGCUGCUCCGGAUCGACCGCGGCCGCUACGGGCAGGAUUCGCCCAAGGUGGAGGUGAAGGGCCUGCUGGUGACCCCGGUGCCCAUCAACGGAGUUGCAGAUCGCCUGGGCUGUGACCCUCGGACGCGUUUCCAAGUCCCUCCCAACACCAAGCAGUGGAUCGCUUUGCUGCAGCGAGGGAACUGUACCUUCCGAGAGAAAAUCCUGCGGGCAGCUUCACACAAUGCCACCGCCGUGGUCAUCUACAACAAUAUAUCCAGCGAGGAGCCCGUCACCAUGACUCAUCAAGGAACUGGAGACAUUGUUGCUGUAAUGAUUACAGAAUCAAAAGUAAAGGAGAUCCUGAAUUACUUGGAAAAGAACAUCUCUGUGCUGAUGGCCAUAGCAGUGGGUUCCCGUGUUCCUCUAAAGAACUUCAGUCGGGGCUCCCUAGUCUUUGUGUCAAUAUCUUUCAUUGUUUUGAUGAUAAUUUCUUCAGCGUGGUUAAUAUUUUACUUCAUCCAGAAGAUCAGGUACACGAGUGCACGUGACAGGAAUCAGCGUCGCCUUGGAGAUGCUGCCAAGAAAGCUGUUGGUAAACUGACAACCAGGACAGUAAAGAAGGGAGAUAAGGAGACAGACCCAGACUUUGAUCAUUGUGCUGUCUGCAUUGAGAGUUACAAGCAGAACGAUGUUGUUCGCAUUUUACCGUGCAAGCAUGUUUUUCACAAAGCCUGCGUGGACCCGUGGCUCAGUGAGCACUGUACGUGUCCAAUGUGUAAACUGAACAUUUUGAAGGCCCUGGGAAUUGUGCCCAAUGUGCCGUGCACAGAUAACGUGGCCUUUGACAUGGAGAGGCUCAGCAGAAGCCAGCCUGCCAGCAGGCGCUCAGCGCUCGGCGACUUCGCCAACGACAGCUCCCUGAGCCUGGAGCCGCUGCGCACCUCCGGCAUGUCACAGCUUCCCCAGGAUGGGGAGCUCACUCCGAGGUCGGGAGAGAUCAACAUUGCUGUAACAAGCAGUCACUUCUUUCAUCGCAAUUCUCUGUCCCCUCGAAGUCUGGUCUACGAGAGCGAAUUCUCCACCAUCGAGCCUGCUUUGGACAUGUAUGACGAGAACAAAACCUGAAAGGAAUGCACAUUCCUUCCUGGCCCUCUUUCUGUUGUUUUCAUUUCUCAUUCCUAUUGUUGUGUACUCUUUCCAUGGAUCUCCUUUGUCUGAAGAAGAGCUGCUUUUUCCAGAACACGAGCCUGCCUUCUAGGUCACGGAGAUGAAGACAGCUGUGGUGGUUUCUGCGGGUGGCACCUCCGAGCGCAAGCAAGGUUGUCUGAUGGAAGUUGCUGAGUAACAGCAUGGGAGCUGUGUGGGCCCGGCCUCGGUGGUGCGGAAGAGGCUUUGCGGUGGUCCUAAGAGUUUGUUUUGUACUGCAAAUGCGUCUCCUCAACAGGGGUAUGCUGGUUUUAAUGGUCCAAAUUGUUGGGCAGAGUCAGAAAGGGAACUAGUUCAAAGGAGCUGGCCGGUGACUGGUAAAAGCACUCCGUAUAGCUUGGUCAACCCAUAACCUUACUGUGAAAUAUCCCCUUCCAAGAGGGACCUUCCAAGUGCGUUGAGUUUCCAACGACCUGCUCACCCCUGGGCGGCAGCACGCCGGUCUGACGUUACGCAGCAGAGAGGCCCUGUGUUUGCAGAAAGAUUUCAAGGAACUUGAUGCUUCCGUUUGUGUUUUUUUUUUCUCCAUUUCUACUGAAGCAGGAGAAAAGUGGCCUCCACAGAAUACAUUUUUGGUCCUUCCGUGUGCUCCAGUCACGUGAGUCUCUUUCUACAGAGAGGACGUUCACCGAACCAGCACUUGAUCUACCUUAAAACCAUUAGACUUUUUGAAAUAUGCAGGAAUCUAAUUAGCUUUCUUUCUUGCUUUACUUUUCUUUUCGGAGGGGUUUAAAAAAAUCCACCAAAUUUUUCACUGAGGUUUUUUAAAAGCCAGCAUGUUGGCGUUACACAGAGAAAAGAAGAGAGGUAAGCUUCUUAUCCUGUUCUCACGUUGAGAUCUGCAACGGUUAACCAACAAACACGUUCUCCAGGCCAUGCCCUUUCCCACUGACAUCAAUACGUGAAUGCAGAAAGCAGAGGAAUAAAGGAAAGCAGUGACUGCUUUGGGACUCAGCAUGAAAAAUCCAUUUUUACUGGAGCAUGCCAGAAGCAGUGGGGAAAUAGAGAUUGGUUUCAAGCUUCUGAAUGUAUAGCAUGGAGAUGGAAAGCUGAGUUCAGCCAUCCAUAGAGCUCCUCACAUGAGCAGACGUGGAGAGUGAGGACUCCUGCUCUGUUUCCUCCUGGACAAUGCAGAGCUGUUUGAACAUUAACAUUUUCUCCAUUGCAGUCUCAGUUACUGUAGAUGUAGAAAUGCGUUUGUGUCCUUGUAAGGUGAAACACAGCUUUGCUCUGUAUAGGAAACUGAGAAAUCUGUAAGUCUAAAAGAAAGGUAGGUAAGGCAUUUCCUGCCAUGCUUUAAUUUUGUCAGAUUUUGCUACAAAAGUUCCCCUGCUCGUUUUUUAAUUUUGACUGUACAGUGGUCUGCUGACGUGCAUCCUUACCUGAAGCGUGGCUCAGCUGUGUCUUUAACACAGACAUUUAAGACAAAAAGAAAAACCCAGCUCUGCAAAAUGAGGAAACGAUCCUAUUCACAGAGUAUGCUCUGUUGCUGUGUGUCAGCUUCAUUUAACCUGGUAAUUCAAGGAUGGGUGGUGUGAAGGUUAGAGAGAGUUUUCUCGUAAUACCAUUUCCAUUUACCCUAUGCACUUUUAUUGCAAUCCAGCCAACUUUAGAGGCCUGCUUACACCCCAGGCUUUUCAAGAGCACAACUUCAAUGCCACCUUCCCCAACCAAGUGGUGAGGAUGUGGAGCCCCUUUGCUGGGACGGAGUGGGUUGUUUGGCUGCAGGCAUUGCUUUGCUGCUCCACGUGGCAGCUGUGUGCACGGGGAUGGGGUGCAGGUUGAGCAACCCUGACUUCAUCAUCACAUCUUCCAGGCAGUGGGCAGGGCGCUUCCAAACAGACACAUCCGGAAGUAAAACACCAUUGCUCCAGGGUGUCUUAGGGCUUGUUUUUGUCAGUGUUGAGUAGUCGGGUUGCAAAAAGCUGUGCUCGGGUGUUUGUAGUUAAACAGAGUGAGGCAUUGUGGCUCCUGCUGGAGCUGCUAGGAUGGGA